CGGGGCCGCGCUGGCCGCGCAGUGCCAGUUGAUAUCCAAGGCGUACAGGAGCGUGCUACCGCCCGGGACUACAUCUGCUUUGUUUUGGUCUUGUGUUUGUGCGCGCGAGUGAGUGUCAUUUUCAGCUACGUCGACGCCCUUGGAUUACCAUUGGAUUACAGUGCUUGUGUAGUGUGUGGCCAGCCAGCAUGCUCGCUGCUGGCAGUGUGAGUGGCUCGUCAUGAGCGGGGGCCAGCUGGCCGAGGGCCUUCUGGAACACGAUGGGGGCUCGCUCCGUGGGUCCCUGUCGCGGCCUGAGGGGCGGCCUGAGGGGCCCGCCCCCGUACCGCCCGGGAGAGCCGUGUCGGAUGGAGAGGGAGAGGUGCUGGAGGAGGUGGAGGACUUCCUCGACAAGCUAGUCGCGGGUGUGGUGGACAAGGUGGAGGACCCGCCCACCGAGCCCGCCAAGGUGCGUGUGGUGCACGACGAAGACAUGGAGAACCUGAGGGACUUGCUGGACAACCUGCUGGACGACAACAGCCAGCCCAUCGGCCAGCCUCAUUCGCCCUUCCGAGCAGCUGACGUUUGUCAACAAACCGGCGACGUACAUGUGCCGGGGCCGACUGAGGGCGCGGGCUGCGCGGGCGCGGACCAGGCGCUGUGCCUGCGCGCCGCGGAGGGGGCGGCGGGGGGCGGCGCGGCAGAGCAGCGCUCCCCGCGGCCGGACCAGGAACCAGCCGCGAUCGAUGGCGUCGCCUCGCCUGCGCCAGCGGCAGCGCCGGCCCUCCCGGACGACGGCGGACGACAGCGGCGCGCCCGGCGCAAGGGCCGAACGGCGUCCAGGACGCGGCGGAGGAAGCAGCGCACGGCCAGGUCCAGGUCGACCCGGUCCAGCCGGUCCAGGUCGAGCAGGUCGAGGGACGACGACACCCGGUCGACCCGGUCCAGGUCGCGGCACAAGCACAAGCACAAGCGGCGCCGGCGCCGGCACCACCAUCGCGACGGGCCGCUCUCGCUCACCGUGGACAACGUCGGCCACGCCGAGGGGCCGGUCAGCCCCAGGGUCAACCCGGUGUUCCUCUGGGUCAAGCAGGAGGAGUGCCGGAUCCUUUCAGUGGUGUGCGAGGACUAUGAUAGGCGAAAUCGCAUCACGCUCACCAAGACCACAAACGGCUGGCGGUCCAUCCCCAAGACCGAGCUCUUCUCCGCUGUGCUCGGACCUAGGCAGAGGCCGUCGCUUGAGGACGACAAGUCCCACACCGCUUCCUCUGCAGAGGGCGACGCUGAGGAGGAGGAUGAGGAUGACGGAGAGGGCGAGGCAGGAGCGGGCACUGUCCAACCGGAAGUGCCUGACGAGCCCGAACCGGAAGUGGAGGCGGUCGAGGCCCAUCUUGAGGGGUCGGAAGGCAGCGUCAAUUCGGAGGACGAAGAGUCACCGGCUGACGAAGACUCGAGUCACCGAAGCGAUGAGAUCGAGGAUAGGGAAGAGAUGGCUGUGAGGGAAAAUGCUGGAGAGAUAGAAAACGGUGAACAAGAACAUGAAGGGGAUGUCACAGAAGAACUGAAUGGGGAGAAGGGGGCAUUGGAGCGGAUAGAGGGGAAAAAUGAAGAGGAGAUAGAGAAUAAAGGGGAGGAGAGAGAGGCAGGGGAGCAGAGAGAGGCAGAGGAGCAGAGAGAGGCAGAGGAGCAGAGAGGGGAGGAAGCAGAGGAGAAGAAAGCAGAAGAGGAGAGAGAGGCAGAGGAGGGUGAGGAGAGAGGGGCGGAAGAGGAGAGCGAGAGGCGAGUAAGGGGGGAGGAAAUGGAGACGGAACCCCCUCCCGAAGAAUGCACGACUGCAAACGAGCCAAAGGAAACCGUCGAGACUGAUCCACCCAGGGAUGAACAACGAGUGCCAACACCAACUUCCCCUCUAAGUCUAGUCGCCCAAGACACGGAAGUCGAACCAUGUCUUGAAUAUAACGCGCCUACCAAAGAUGUACAUAGUGAAGAAGAGAGGCCGGAGGACGUCCUAGACGCCCUUUGCAACGAAGCGGCAGAGGCUAUGGAGGUGGGCGGCCCCCUCGAGGACCUGAGGACCCUGAAGCCCGAGCCCAAGGCCGAGCCCAAGGCUGAGCCCAAGGCUGAGCCGAAGGCUGAGCCCAAGGCCGAGGCCAAGCAGGAGCUCUGCAAGGAGGACGACAAGGCAGCGAGUGCGUUGGGCAGGUGCUCCGUGUACGACCUGCUGAACCUCGACGAGACCGAGCACGUGGUGCGGCUGCCCGCCGACCUGGAGGUGUCGCUGGUGAAGGGCGGUGGCGCGGCCGCCGGCCUCAAGCUCAGCACGAGCCCGGCUCUGCUCUGCCCCGAGCCGCUCCGCCUGGGCGCGGCCACCACCAUCACCCCCAUCAGCGAGCAGCCCAAGCCCCAGCACAAGUUCCUCGAGUCGCUGCUGGCGUCGCCGAGGAAGUCAGACCUGGAGCAGGACGCCCCCCUGGACCUUGGAGUGCCGGUGCGGCAGGCCAAGGACAGGCCGGACCGGCCCCGGACGCCGCCGACGUCAGCGCCUCCCGCCAAGAGGCCCAAGCUGGACGACCUGACGCUGCGCAACCUGCUCAACAGGCUGCCCGGCAACACCGCCAUGUCCCCCAUCGAGCCGGCCGGCGAGCCCGCAGGGGAGCCCGCCGGCCAGGGCAGCGGCCAGGGCCCGGUGGAGGACGUGAAGCGCAUCAAGCAGAAGCGGCCCAGCCAGGACGGCAAGUCGCGCCUCAUGGAGCUGCUGACCGUCUCCGACAUGGACCCCCUGGCGCAGCUGAAGCAAGUGCUGUCCGACCCAGACCUGGUGGUGCCGGACCCGCUGCUAGUGCCGCGCGCUCGGCUGCAGGCCCUGGUGACCAGCCCCGCGCAGGAGAUCCCCCGCCUGCUCGCGCAGAAGCCUGAGAAGCCCGGCGUGCCGUACUCGGCGCCCAGCCUCGACAACGACCUGUGCGUGGUCUCGCUGUCCCACCUGCAGACCCUGCUGCAGCCCGAGAGCAAGCAGGCCCUCGCCGUGGAGGAGUACCAGCGGCAGCUGCUCGAGGCGCAGAUGCUCUGGCUGCCCUACCUGGAGGCCGCCUACUCGUACCCGGGAGGCUACCUGCCCGGCUACGACUACAAGAGCCAGAUGGAGCUGCAGAGUGCACUGGCCACUGCGUGGCAGGAAACCAUGAUGAAGGGUGGCAGCCUCGACUCGUUCAUCAACAACAACAAUAACAACUACUACAAGAAGCCGUCCGUGUCGCCACAGCCAGCCAAGUCGGCCCGGAAGUCGCCGUCCCCGAUGCCACCGUCGACGCCCCGGCACCACAGUGCCGCCUACUCCACUCCGUCCCCGCUAGGCCCGGCUGGUCCGGGCUUCGUCAAGCCCGCCCCGCCUCCCCCCGUCCCGCAGGCCAGGUCCAGGCCCGUGCCGGCUGCGCUGCCCAUCGCCUCCAGCGCCGUCAGGGACGCCGUCAGGGACAGGGACAGCCCCGCGCUGUUCGCCGCCCCGCAGCGACCGUACCAGUACCAGCAGCAACAGCAGCAGCAGCGGCGGGAGUACGAGAAGCAGCAACAAAACCAGAGGCGGGAGUACGAGAAGCAGCAACAGCAUCAACAGCAGCAGCAACAGCAGCAACAACAGCAACGGCGGGAGUACGAGAAGCAGCAGGAAUACCACCAGCAGCUGAUACUGCUCCAGCAGCUGCAGCUCCAGCAGGAGAUCCUGGCGCAGCAGCAGCGCCAGCAGCAGAUGUACUCCAUGCAGCAGCAGCAGCAACCGCGUGUCAGCAAACACUGCGAGUCGGAAAGAGCCAGGAAGUCGGAGGGCAGCCGGCCGCCCACGUGCAAGUCGCUGCUCAACAUGCUGAGCGCGCAGCGGGAGGCCAAGCAGAGGACGCCCUCGCCGGCCGCUCCGGAGAGCGCCCUCCUCGCCGCCCUGGGCAGCCCCCUCGGCGGCGCCCUGGGCCUGAGGGGGCCGCGGAUCAGCCCCUCGCCGGGCGCCGCGCCCUCGCCGACCGCCGCCGCGACCGCGACGUCGCCGUUGCCCGCCGCGCCGUCCGCCACGGCCGCGUCCAGCCUACCCGGAGCACCCGUGCUCGACCUGUCGGGGAGCAGGAGGCCGUCGUCGGAGGGCCUGGCGACCCCGCCCAGCGCGAGCGCCAGCGCCGGCGACCAGCCCGAGGAGAGGAGGCCUCCCAAGCUCAAGGUGAAGAACCUGGUGGACCCCAACGCCAAGCCCAGGCUCCUCAAGCUGGACACGCCGGUCGUCCCGCCACCCGCCGUGCCUCCAGACGACGUGGCCGCCGCGCACCUGUGGCACCCACUGUUUAGCAGUCAGAAGAGCAGCUACAACAGUCCCUGGCAGUGGACGACCGUGACGGUGAACGGGGAGUGAUUGGAGGCUGUACAAAAGUUAUCACUCAUCUGUAACAUAAGAUCGCAUUGUACAUUGUUAUAUUUUGUUAUAAGCGGUGUUUUACCACGUUACCAGCCAACCAAAUACGAAUCGUUUUUUCUCUCUUGAAAAUGAAAGUUUUCAAGUUUCUACAUAGGAGCAAUUCACGUUUAUAUAUGCAUGUGAUUUAAAAUUGUAAAAGUGUUAAUGUUUUUAAUUCAAAAAUUUAUUAUUCUCAAUAUUGAUUGAAAAUUGUAUUCAAUGUUAUACUAUGCCUAAGCGACGUUUCGUUAAGUCCUGAGGUAGCGUGGUAUUCAGAGGUGUCGAAUGCACAUUUUGAUUACCUCUUAGAAUAAUGACUGCUCUGACUAAAAUAUCAAACUUCUAGUCUCUACUUUUGAAUCCAUUUAAAGGAAAAUACUUUACUACAUAUUUGAAGCGUGUUGAUUCUUUUAAUGCUGGUGUAAGGUACCCUGCAUCUCACUUAUUAUCUGACUACCACGCAUGCCCUUGGGCAGCAAAUCUAGGGUCCAUUUGGCGAAAAGUAACGUAAUACUUGAAAUUCGGGAAAUAACCAAUACGCUUCAAUUGUGGGUCGAAAUGACAUUACAAGUAUUCGCGCGAUUGCGGAGUCACAGUAUUUUGUAGGUAUAAAGGCCAUUGUGAUAGUCACCAAUGCUGUAUGUUUGUAGCUUCUCGUGUCGCGUUUUCGCAACCUACUUCGGUUGACGGUCUCGCGCAGAGUCGUUUUAUGUACAAAUCUAAGUAAUUCUUAUAGUUUACAAGCAUAAAUAUAAAUCAAUGAAAAGCGGCACAUGUGGUUAUGUGGUUGCUAUUAUAUGUUGUACGAAUUGUUUCCCAGUUCAGUCUUUUGAAGACUGACUGCGUAGGGUUGGAAAGAGUGAAUUCACGACUGAGAAUUUGGAUUGUUCAUCAUUAAGUCAUAUCGUAUUGUAAUCUGUGUAGAUCAGUAUUCGCAAAGAGUACUGAUUUACCUUGAGAGGCCACCUCUCCUUAAAAUAAGUUAGCCAAUUGAAGAGGUUUCGUAGUUAUUUUUUAUGUUGGUUUUAGCAUGCU